UUGUCCGUGAGACAAUAGCCCCUUGGCGUCAGAGCUGUCGUAUAGGAGAUAAAAUUGGAGGAGGUAAACGAACCUCUCGAACGUGCCAGUACGUAAGAUGGCGAGAAGGGCGACAGAGAAUGGGACCGAUCGAUAGCGCAGCUCUCGGCGUGGCGCUCUGUGCGCGUGCGCAGUGAACGUGCGCUCGGAGCGAUCGAUUGGACAGGAUUCGCGCCUCCAUUUUUCUGGGAGAGAGCGGGAGACGAAGAGAGCCGGAUCCGCGGCUGGCAGGGAAGUUGUCUUCCUCUUCUUCAAGAUGUACAGAACCAAAGUGGGCUUGAAGGACCGCCAGCAGCUCUACAAGCUGAUCAUUAGCCAGCUGCUCUACGACGGCUACAUCAGCAUUGCUAAUGGCCUCAUCAAUGAAAUCAAGCCUCAGUCUGUGUGUGCACCCUCAGAGCAGCUCCUGCAUCUGAUCAAACUAGGAAUGGAAAAUGAUGACACCGCAGUUCAGUAUGCUAUUGGUCGUUCAGACACAGUUGCCCCUGGCACAGGGAUUGACCUGGAAUUUGAUGCAGAUGUCCAGACUAUGUCCCCAGAGGCUUCUGAGUACGAAACAUGCUAUGUCACAUCCCAUAAGGGACCAUGCCGUGUAGCUACCUAUAGCAGAGAUGGGCAGUUAAUAGCAACUGGAUCUGCUGAUGCUUCCAUAAAAAUACUUGACACAGAAAGAAUGUUGGCCAAAAGCGCCAUGCCAAUAGAGGUUAUGAUGAAUGAGACUGCACAGCAGAAUAUGGAAAACCACCCAGUUAUUCGAACUCUCUAUGAUCAUGUGGAUGAAGUCACAUGUCUCGCUUUCCACCCAACAGAACAGAUUUUGGCCUCUGGUUCAAGGGAUUAUACGCUUAAAUUAUUUGAUUAUUCUAAACCAUCUGCAAAAAGAGCCUUCAAAUACAUUCAGGAAGCCGAAAUGUUACGCUCCAUCUCUUUUCAUCCUUCUGGGGACUUUAUACUUGUUGGAACUCAGCAUCCUACUCUUCGUCUGUAUGAUAUCAACACCUUUCAAUGUUUUGUCUCUUGCAAUCCUCAAGAUCAACACACUGAUGCAAUAUGUUCCGUUAAUUACAAUCCUAGUGCCAAUAUGUAUGUAACUGGUAGCAAGGAUGGCUGCAUCAAAUUAUGGGAUGGUGUCUCAAAUCGCUGCAUCACAACUUUUGAGAAAGCACAUGACGGGGCUGAAGUUUGUUCUGCCAUUUUUUCCAAAAAUUCUAAAUACAUUCUCUCAAGUGGAAAAGACUCUGUAGCCAAACUUUGGGAAAUAUCAACAGGACGAACACUGGUCAGAUACACGGGCGCGGGUUUAAGCGGACGACAGGUGCACCGGACACAGGCCGUCUUUAACCAUACUGAGGACUAUGUGUUGCUGCCUGACGAAAGGACGAUCAGCCUCUGCUGCUGGGACUCGAGGACAGCGGAACGGAGAAACCUGCUGUCCUUGGGGCACAACAACAUUGUACGCUGCAUAGUGCACUCGCCCACCAACCCUGGGUUCAUGACAUGCAGUGAUGACUUCAGAGCCCGGUUUUGGUACCGUAGAUCCACCACUGACUAAGCUGCCGUCACUAAUAGGGUUCUUUCCUUGAGGGCUCUGCCCUCCCUCCCCCUGGGUCCUGUCACCAGCUUCAGUAGUAAUUCACUGUAUCAUCUUUGGCAGUUGUCCUGCCACCUCUGUCUACAUCCUUGGAUUUGUACAAAAGAAUCUUUUUACCUUGAUGUGGAAUCAUGGUGGAAAAAGUUGAAAACUCAGAUCUGUGCAGUUGUUCUGCAUUCACUGAUUACAGUGUGAUUUUCAUCGGUUUUGUAAAUACAGGACUUGCCAUUUCUUUUUAAUCUCUUGAUCGUUUGGAGAAGGAUAGAGCAUUAAAGUGCUUUCUAGAUCUCAGUCUGUCAUGAGGGAUUUUCAUUUGGUUCUUUUGUCAACUUUUAUGCCUGUUCUACCACACUGUGUAUUUUCUUUCCGGAUACAUUUUAGCAGAUGGGUAGGCAUGCAGCUCUGAAAAUAUGGAGUUUUGUGCCAUAUUGAACCCAUUUUCGAGAAUUUCUCAAGUCUAUUCUAAAAUGACAUCUUUCUGAUAAUAAAGUUCAGAUCUACAAAUUUAGUGUUAUAUAUUUUUCACCUCAAUAAAAUUAAUGGCCAGUUUUAACUGAAGGUUUAUAGGAGCUGUUUCUUUCAUCAUACUCCCACAUGAUACUUUCAGUACCUGCAGAGCUUAUCUUUAGUAAAUGUAUUUCUGAUAAAGUUAUUACAAUUUGAUGGGAAACACAAUUGAAAAUAUAUUUGUUCUAAUCAAAAGUAGGUGAGCCAGCUAGUGCUACCAGGUGUUGCUUAUCUUCACAAAUGAUUAAUAGCGAUUGACUAUUCUUAUGUAAUUUUAAGUCUUUUCAGUUCUCCGGCAUGAACUGUUAACUUCUCUUCACAGAUGCAUGUGGUAACUGCAUCCUUAGAAGAUUUAUGCAAUUAACCAACUGAUACAUGUUUUCUCUUUCUUGAAGCUUUUUGGAAAGUGACAGUAUCUCUGGAUUUAGUUCUAGCUAUGUCGGAGAACCCCAAACCCACUUCAUAUAAACAUAGACUUUGCUUUAUAUUUAUCCCCCCCAAAAGUACCUCAUGAUCUGAGUAGAAGUAGCUAGAAAUAUGAUCUGGGAUUGUUUCUUUUUAAAUAGUAAAUAGAUUAAAAUAAAAGUAAUUGCUUUAUA